AUGUCAGAGGACAAGACAGACAAGGUAAAAAUCAAAGCAGCUGAAAGUUUUGAACAUGAAAAGCAAAAUAUUUCUUGGCUGAAAAAAGACCGUCGCACCAGCUCCCUUCCUCUACUGGCCCUCCCUGGAGUGACAUCGAGCAGUGAGGACCAUCCAGAUAACCAGCUUACAAAUGAAAAACACACAGAUGAAAAGCCUAUGAAAGGUAUUGUUAUGAGUUCUGUCGCAGAAUUCAGCAUCACAGACACUUCAUCAAAGGGUACCAAAAAUGAGAAGAAAUUGUCAGAUGCAAGCAGAUCAUCCAUUGCUUCCCUGGAGAAAUGCAGAGAAUUCUCUUACAUUGAAGAUGAUGCAUCAGUACAUCAGAGAGACAGUGACGAUGAAUGCGCCACACUUAUCCUGGCCUGCUUGUUCUGCCAGUUUUGGGACUUUCUUAUAAUGCUGCCUGAUACCUGUGAACAUUGGCUGACAGAUACCUGUUGUCCAUCCAAUAGAUAUUACCAGACCUCCGACGAAGACCACGGCAACAACGACUGCAACUGUGACUGUGACAUUGAUUGCAGCCUCUUUGAGUCCUGCCACGAGACCGGGGAGUGCCUGGAGCUGGCCAUGGAGAUCUCAGAAGUCUGCUAUCGCUGA